CCCGCCCACGCCCCGCCGCACGCCAAGCCAUCGCCCCCUCCCUCGGCCGGCCACCACCCGCAGCUGCCGACGCCGGCCACGGCCGUCGACCCGGCCAACCAGCACGGCAGGAGCCCCAACAAGUCCUCCACGCAGUCCGCCGGGGAGCGGGGCAAGGCCUCCGCCACGCCGAGCAACAACGGGGGGGCCAGCAACAGCGUCGUCAUCGCCGUCGGCGCCGUGCUCGCCUUCCUGGUGGUCACCCUCAUAGCGGCCGCCCUUCUCUACACCAAGAAGCGCCGGAGGGGGAGGGACGACUACCGCCCCGGGUUCAGGUCGCCGCCGUACUCUUCUUCAGAGCUACCACCCUCAGGUUCAGUUCCUUCGGGCGGCGGCUCGGCGAACGCGGCAAUGUUGUCGUCGGCCGACCCCUCCGUCCACACCAACUACAGCGCCGGGAGCCCGAGACUGAAAGCGUGCCUGUCCGACAUGAGCGUGGGCAACUCGCGCUUCUUCACGUACCAAGAAAUGUACCAGAUCACCGACGGCUUCUCGCCGCGCAAUUUGCUCGGCGAAGGAGGGUUCGGGUCGGUGUACAAGGGCCGGCUGCCCGAAGGGAAAGACGUGGCUGUCAAGCAGCUGAGGGAUGGCAGUGGGCAAGGGGAGCGCGAGUUCCAAGCCGAGGUGGAGAUAAUCAGUCGGGUGCAUCACCGGCAUUUGGUGUCUCUCGUGGGGUACUGCAUUGCCAAUAGCCAAAGGCUGCUCGUCUACGAUUUCGUGUCGAAUGACACCCUGCAUUAUCAUCUCCACGGACAGGGAAGGCCUGUUUUAGAGUGGUCGGCUAGGGUUAAAAUUGCUGCCGGUGCUGCUCGUGGAAUAGCAUACCUGCAUGAAGAUUGCCAUCCAAGGAUAAUCCACCGAGACAUCAAAUCCUCAAACAUUUUGUUGGAUAAUAACUUUGACGCACUGGUGGCCGAUUUUGGUCUUGCAAGACUGGCUUUGGAUGCUGUAACACAUGUAACUACACGGGUUAUGGGGACAUUUGGAUACAUGGCUCCAGAGUAUGCAUCGAGUGGCAAAUUGACUGAGAAAUCUGAUGUGUUCUCUUUUGGUGUUGUACUUUUAGAGCUUAUGACUGGUCGAAAGCCUGUUGAUUCAUCGAGACCAUUGGGUGAUGAGAGCCUUGUUGAGUGGGCUAGACCAUUGCUUAGUCGAGCUCUUGAGACGGGAAAGCUGGAAGGGUUAGUCGACCCCAGGCUUGAGAGGAAUUUCAAUGAGGUCGAAAUGUUCCGUAUGAUUGAGUCUGCAGCAGCCUGCAUUCGACACUCGUCAUCAAAGAGGCCCAGAAUGAGCCAGGUGGUGCGGGUCCUCGAUAGCUUAGCGGAUAUUGACCUAACAAACGGUGUCCAGCCAGGGCAAAGCGAGCUCUUCAACGUGGCAAACACCGCGGAUAUCAGGAUGUUCCAGCAGAUGGUGCAGGGCAACCAGGACGACAGUUCCGCCUUCAGCCAAUAUAGCUGGAUCAGUCGCAGUAGGGCCGACGCCGAAGCGACCUCCUCAAACUCCCGGAUCUUGUGAUCAUCUUUGUUUCUGUGCUCCACGUGUACGUAGCCAUUCUUCUCGACCCACUGAUUCGGCCGGGCUGUGUCGACCAUCGAAAAAAGUCUGGUGUAAUUCUUGCCUUGUUACGAUGAUUGCUCGUGUGUAGAUCACACGAGGAAGAUGUACUCUUGUUUGACAAAUUAUUAAGCUAGCUGUUGUUGUGGUUGUUGACUAACUUGUUAGGCUGCCUGCUCCUGUUGCUGUUGCCUAACUGAAAGAGCACAAUGUUUGAACUUGUGUAGUCUUUCUUUUUGUGUUGUUGGCUUGACAAUGAUGUUGAGGCCACAUCUAAGGGAGAAAAGAAAGAGGAUACUGAUGAUGA